AUGAUAAAAGUAUUUAAUGAUUAUGUAGGCGGUGCUAUUACUUCAACAUCUAUUCGAGCAGUUAAAUUAAUUCGAUAUACAUCUUCCAUUGAUUAUUUAACAUUUAUUUGUGAAAUAAUAUUUACCUUGAUUGUUAUUCUCCAAAUUGUCAAUAAAAAAUAUUUAUUUCUAUUCAAUCUAUGGAACUUAAUAAAUCUUAUAACAAUUAUUCUUUCAUUUAUAUGUGUUCUAUAUGAAAUAUUAAAUCAUUUUUCAACAACAAAAUAUCUUGGAGAAUUAUUAAAAAUUGAAAAUAAUUAUCCAAAUUUCGAUGAAUUAUUUGAUUUAAAAAUCAAUUCAGAUUUUUAUUUAGGUGUAACACUUUCAAUAACAUGGUUAAAAAUUUUUAAAUAUUUAAACAUAAAUAAAACUAUGCUUUUACUAACUAAAACAAUUUCAUCUUGUUUAAAUGAAAUAUUUGCAUUUACUUCAAUUUUUUUAAUCAUAUUUCUUGCUUAUACUCAACUUGGUUGGAUAUUAUUUGGUAGAUAUUUAACAGAAUGGAGAUCAUUUCGUACAUCAAUUUUUGCUUUAUUUCGAAUGAUACUUGGAGAUUUUGAUCUUUAUGCAAUGAGAAAUAUUGGUCAAAUAAUGGGACCAUUAUUUUUAUUUUCAUAUAUUUAUUUUGUUUAUUUUGUUUUAUUAAAUAUGUUUUUAGCUAUUAUAAAUGAAACAUAUUCAAGAGUUGAAUCAGAUAAAACAUUACAAACAUUUAAAAUAAAAAAUUUUUCAAUGAAUUUUUAUCAAUUAAUACCGAAAAAAAAAUCGAUUGAUUAUGAAACAAAUUUAAAAAUUCGUGGUUACACAGAUGAUGAUAUUAAAAAAAUCAUUAAUAAAUAUGAUAAAAAUAAGGAUGGUAAUUUAGAUGAAGAAGAACAAAAGAUAAUGAAGCAUGAUUUAGAAACAGGACAAAUAAAACUUAAUCAAAAUGUUGAUGAAAACAAAUCGGGUAAUUAUAAAGAAUCAAUUGAAAUUACAUCAAUUCGCCAGAUAUAA